CGCGCGGGCCACUGAGGUGAGUCCUCGAGACUAUUAUACCUCCACGUUUACUCUUGCUCGAGAUUAAAACGCAACUCUUAUGUCACACAGUAGCGUAUACAGACUCGUUUGUGGCGCUGUUUGUGAGAGAGAGUAGGAAUGAUGAGCUCCCAGGUGUCUCCAGUGAAGGUGUUCAUCCGCAUCAGACCCACGGCCCGCUUCGCGCACGAGCUCAUCGAGUGCCCACCUGACCAGCAGACUUUGAAAGUGAGAUCAAGGAAAGACUCUGAUAAAGGAAAGAGGAAUAACCAGCUGAGCUCAUGGGUGUUUCAGCUGAAUGGGAUUCUGGAUAAUGUGUCACAAGAGGACACCUAUGAUCGUGUUGCCCGGAGUGUAGUGCUGGGGGCCUUUGCUGGCUACAAUGGUACAAUAAUGUGCUUUGGGCAAACUGGAGCUGGGAAAACAUACACUAUGACAGGUGCUGCAGAGACGUACAAACACAGAGGCAUCAUUCCUCGAGCCCUACAGGAGGUGUUCCAGGAGGUGGAGCAUCGUGUAGAUCAUACCUUCUCCGUUCAUCUUUCCUUUCUGGAAAUCUAUAAUGAGACGAUGGUAGACCUGCUCUCCAGCAUAAAGAAAGGAAAAAGUUUGAAUAGUGGGGUCUUGACAGUGAUAGAAGAACCAGGUGGUGGAGUCUCAGUCAAAGGAUUGUCUUUACAUCUGGUUCACAAUGAAGAGGAGGCUCUUAAUCUGCUUUUCGAGGGGGAGAUGAACAGAAUCAUUGGACAACAUGCCCUUAAUAAACAUUCCUCCAGAUCUCACUGCAUUUUUACUAUCCACAUUGAGUCUCGCUCUCGCACACUGUCCGAUGCUAAAUACAUCACCUCUAAACUGAACCUGGUGGACCUGGCAGGGUCUGAAAGACUUAGCAAAACUGGGUCAGAAGGUCAAGUCCAAAUGGAGGCCAUGUAUAUCAACAAGUCCCUGUCUUUCCUGGAGCAGGUCAUCUUGGCUCUAGCUGACAGUCGUAGGGAACAUGUUCCCUUCAGACAGAGUAAACUUACCCAUGCUCUGAAAGACUCGCUCGGAGGAAACUGUAACACAGUGCUUGUGGCAAACAUAUAUGGUGAAGCGGCACAAAUUGAGGAGACACUUUCAACUCUUCGCUUUGCCUCCAGAAUGAAGUGCGUGCAGACAAAGCCAUCGAUCAAUGAACAUGUUGACCCAGUGAAAUCUGUGACUAUUUAUCAGCUCCAGGUGCGAAGACUAGAGAAAGAAAUCCAGUUUCUUAAGGAGGAGCUGUCAAUGUGUAACACACUGACGUAUCGGGUUGGAGUUUCUAACGAAAUCCUGUCGGAGAGACAGUUGGAGGAAGUGAGGAGUCAGGUGCAGAGAUACCUGUCUGGAUUACUGGAUGAGAUCCCGAUUGUGAGCAUUACACAAACUCAAGAGGUAUUUGCCCAGUUCAAAAAAGUGGUGUUGGAGCAGCAAAAGAAAUUGCGAGAGCAGAUCGCUCCACGAAACCCUCGUGUAGAGAAAGCUAUGAACACAACACCAUCAAUUGUUGCAGAGGUGCAGGGGUCUGUAGGUGCUGUUGGAGAGGUGGACAGUUGUGGAUAUGGCCUAGGUUUAGCUAAAUCUUCACAGAAACAUCAGCGAACUGUGUCACCGAAACCAAGUAAAGCAAGAAAAGACAAACAGAUCAGCAGAAAGGAAGGAGCAGCGAGUCAGCCGCCAGUGGAAAAUAUAACUGUGCAAGCCGAGCAGCCUCUUAACCUGAGUGAAUCUGACAUGACCACACACGAACCCCCAAAACAAGCUCCAGAACAACAACAACAACAACAACAACAACAACAACAACAUCCCAGAACUGACUCUCCUCCACCCAAAGCUGAGGCAUUUGAGGAUUUCAAGGCAGAACGAGGAAGUGAGAUCAACCGCAUACUAAAGGAGAACAAGGCUGUGCUGUCGGAGCGCACGACUCAAUUACGCGUACUCACAGAUGUCAUCAAUACCACGAAACGGGAUCUUGACUACAUUACAUAUGAGCUGCGACAAUUCAGAGAGCGAAAACAGAGCCAGGGUCAGUUUGUGAGCUCGGAGGGAGAGCCUGUGCUGGAGGAGGCUGAGCUCUCUCUAGUGAUGCAGCUGAAAGAGCUGAAGAACCGUUACAGACAAGCCUACGAGGAUUUCAGCAGCACAAAGACAGAAGUCAGCUACUGUCAGCACCUGGUGAAUCAGUGCCGCACACGGCUGCUAACAGAGUUUGAGAGAUGGUACAACGAGUCAUUCUUGUUUCCGGAUGAAGUGUUGUCAGUCUUAGAGACCGGACCAGUUCGACCAGGUCACAUACCUGUGGACAAAGCUUUGACACUGAUGGAUGAUGAAGAGCACAGUGAUGGUCUCCAUCACAAGCUGCAUGCUGACAGUACGGUGUCAUUUUACAAUGCCUAUAAUAGGACUCUAAAGAGGAGAGGAAGCAGACAGGUGUCUUGAAGUCCAGAGUCUGUGAGGGGCAGCAGGAGUAAAACAAAACUCCCUCUUCUCGCAGUCAUCUGACGCAGGUCUCUGUUUGCUCAGUCUCAAGUCUCCAGAGUGAAGAACGUUUCCAUGAACGCGUGAAAUCAGUAGGACAUAUGAAAACACCUGCUACCUGAAAUCUGCUUGUGCUGCAUCAUGUAAUCGAUCCUAAAACUUGUAAUUGAUAUUGUUAAAAUAUAAAGACAAUCAGUCUUAAAAAAAACUUUUUUUUCAGUUUCUGAAAAUAACAUACUGUUUUUUUUUUAAACUGUUCAUUAUUAUUGUUAGUUCUUUGUUAGAUAUGUUUUUAAAUGUCAGUUUACACUUUACAAUAGAUUUUCCACUUUGAUAAAACCGUAGUUCGCUCUAAUCAGAGGCAAGAACAACCUCAAUACAUCAGGUUGUUAAAUGAAAAGUAAACUUUAUUAUUCCUGAACCACAAAAUAGACUUCUUUGGUUGUACAAAUUCACUAGUUACAGUCCUGAAUGAGCUCUAUAUCCCCAGACCUUUAGUCCCACCCUCCCCUUUAGCAAAAAACUAAACAAAACAAAUAAUCCUCCCAACAAGAAACCAAGACAAGAAAACAAUAAGAGAGUUCAAACGCUUUUGCUUUGAAAAUGUAAAAAUGUAGUGAAUCCCAUUAUCCCAUUGGUUACAGAAAACCAACUUCUUUCUUUUCAAACUACAAAAAAAAAAAAAAAGUACAA